GCGUGGCCCGCACAAAAGCCUUCGUCCUCCUCCUCUUCCUCUCUUUCACUGUGAGCCGCCUUUGUUUUGUUGGAUCUUUCUGGUGUGAAAGAAUCUUCAUCAUGGGAGCGUUGAAGUGCAUCAAGUACCUCCUCUUUGUCUUCAACUUCCUCUUCUGGUUGGCCGGUACCGGCGUCCUGGCUGUGGGUCUUUGGCUAAGGUUUGACUCCAGGACCGUCGGACUCUUCCAGGCCGAGGAAUCGCCUUCGGUCUUCUUUACUGGCGUCUACAUCCUGAUCGCGGCGGGCGCGCUGAUGAUGGUGGUGGGCUUCCUGGGAUGCUGCGGCGCCAUCAAAGAGUCGCCGUGCAUGCUGGGAUUGUUCUUCCUCUUCCUGCUCCUCAUCUUCGCCGUGGAGGUGGCGGCGGGCAUCUGGGGUCUGUCUAACAAGGAGCGCGUGGUGGACGACGUGACCGAGUUCUACAAGCAGACGUACGACAACUACAAGGCCACCAGGCAGGAAGCGCUCAAGGAGACUCUACGCCUCAUCCACUUCGGACUCAACUGCUGCGGACCCACGGGCACCGUCAUCGACGCUGCUAAGGACAUCUGCCCCAAGAAGGAAGGCCUGGAGGCCCUGAUCACCACGAGCUGCCCGGCGGCCAUUGACGAGGUGUUCAACAACAAGCUGCACAUCAUCGGCGGCGUGGGCAUCGGUAUCGGUGUCAUCAUGAUCUUCGGGAUGAUCUUCAGCAUGAUGCUGUGCUGCGCCAUCAAGAGGUCCAGAGACUUCGUUUAAACGUCAAGCUUACUCUCCUUCACUUUAGUAACACCUUCUUUUUAACUUGGCGACGCUCGGGUGCACUCAGGACGGCCAUCUUGGACGUGUGAAUGUGUGGCGCCUGAGCUUUUGAACUUUUUUUUUGUUUUAGUUUUGAGCGCUAACGACGUCAAAGAUGCUAAUAUUUAGCCCGUUUUAUGUCGCUAACGUUGAUGUUUAGUCUUCUUUUAAAACUUGUUUGUAAAAUGCUUAAUAAAUCAACAAAGACUG